UUUUAAGAUGAAGAUAAGAUUUGAAACUUUAAGAUCAACCUUACUCCUUAUGGCAAUAUUUUUCAUUGUCUCCACCACAAGUGAAGGCACUAAUAGUUGUGUGUUUACUAAUAGAGAUGGAGAGGAGUACAACCUCUCCAUGUUUGGAGGAGAGCACACGGUUUUAGACAGGAAUACCAAAGAUGAUCUAUCUUUCAAGUUUGACCUCUGAAAUCCACACAUCAACUGUGGGGAUAAUGAUCUUGUCGUCCAUGAAAGCAUCAUUGGAUUUCUGGAAAUCAAGCAGAGUGAAGAUAUUGGCUCCUGCAGGAAAUUUGAAGAGCUGAAUGAUUAUACAUUUAAUAAAGUCAAACAUGGACAUGAACUUAUUUUCACAAGCUUUAAUGCUUGUCCGGAAAAUUAUUAUCCAAAGGAUCUAAAAACCGUCUUCAGAUUUACAUGUGAUGUUGAUUCUCCAUCUAGGAAUAAGUUUAUGUCGAUCAAAACUGGAGAACCUUGCACAAGAAUCUUUGAAGUAGUUUCAGGCGAAGCCUGAAAUAUCCACUUUAAUGGCUCUUGGAGUUUAAAUUUCAGCUCAAAAUCUUUCAAAAACCUUGUAAAUAUUACAAUCUUAGCAGCUAUGAUUGGAAGCAGUCUCUUCUUAGUAAUAAUAUUCGUCCGAAACAAAUCCAAAAAUGAAAAAUCAAGAUACAGAUCCCUUAUGAAAGCAGUCUAGCCACAUGACACCUUAAUUCCUC